GUAUUAACUUCUCCUUUCCUAACUACCUUGAGUGAUCUAAGAGCCGAUAUUAUAGUAAAAGUUUAUUGAUUAUAUACAAAAAUAAAGAGUAUCUCACACAUAAAAACUCUCUUCUGUACUUUUGAAAAUGGAUUUAUUUGAAAAGAAAGCCAAUAGAGAAUAUAUUGUAGCCAAGUUGGAACGUACUGAAUUGUAUGACCCGUUCAAGUGUAAGACCUCAGAGAAAUGGGAUAAUUUCAUUUCUGAUAUUACACUACGCAAUAUGGAGGUAUGCAAGGAGUUUGUUAGCUAUUAUCGUAUUCGUUCAAUGGAUUUCUCACCAUCUGGUGAGCAACUAAUCACUGGUAACGGCAACAGAAUUGAUUUAUAUAUGACAGCUAAGCCUCGCGCCAUACAUUCAUAUCAGACUAAAAAGCGUGGCUGCAACAUCAUUAAGUACUACAGCUGCGGUGAAAAAGUAGUCCAUACUACAACAAAAUGCGGUCACGACAUUCAACUUUUGAGCUUAGCAACCAGUAAGUAUUUCGCAAUGUAUACUGGUCACCGCAAGCGUGUGCAGUCCAUAUCAACACCACUACUUAAUGAUGCUCUGUUGUUGUCGGGAUCAAAGGAUUCCACUGUUCGCUUCUGGGAUAUACGCUGUCAGUAUGCGUAUGGCCGUAUCGAUAUGCCGGGACCAGUGAUGUGUAUGUAUCAUCCUUCUGGCUUAUAUUUGGCGACUGCUGUAGAUGAUUGCAUUCAGGUAUAUGACUCACGUUAUGUAUUCAAGGGUCCAUUAUAUCGCUAUAUGCCCAACCCAACCAUGCAUAAUUUGAGCGGCCUAAAGUAUUCUUACGAUGGCAGAAAACUUUUAGUUACUUAUAACAACGCCUUGCAUUUGUUCGAUUCUGACAAUUUGUUACCUAUAAAGCAGAUGACCGGAUUUUGCCGUGGAGAAUAUGUGAAAAUUCAAGCUAGCUUCACACCGGAUUCCAAUUUCGUUGUUACUGGUGGAACCGGUGGUUCAAUACACGCUUACUCUACUGAUUGUGACAACACUAUUAUUAAUCUUGAAACCAUUACUCCAAACGCAAUCGAGUCUGUUUUAUUCAAUCCAUUCUAUUUAAUGAUGGUAUCGGCCUCUGGGACUUUACGUUUUUGGAUGCCCAGUUGCAAGUAGAUAACAAAAAAAUUUCAUAUCUUAUAUUAAAUAUCAAAAAAAU